GGCUAGCACCAGUAGUAGUAUCACCAUGAAUGACAUCCCAGAUUCACAGCAAAAGUCAGAACUUCUUCUCGGCAAAUGCCCACUUGAUCCACUGGAAGGGAAAGCCUUGUCCCUGUCACAAGAGCAGAAGUGAGAAUGUUCUUGUAAGAAAAUCUAUUUCCCUUUAAGAGGAAAAAUUAUGCGCUCUGGAACAUCGAAGACGGAACCCGGUACUAGGUACCGUGCAGCAUCUUCGAGGUGAUUUUCAAAUGUGCCCAACUCGCAAACAGCGUGUUGCAUUGUCUUUAGGGUUAGGGUUGUUCCCGUAAUCUCGUCGGGAAUUCGUGUUUCGAGGUUUUCUGGAGCUCGAGAAUGGAGCCCGCUACUGAGGACGAUGGAGGAUUCAUGGGCGUGCACGUUGGAGAGAAUAUGGCUCCUGCGUUAGUUUCUGUACAUCCGAAAGGGGCUCACAUUGUUGUCUCGAUUGGUGCUGGUCUGCGAAUCUUUGAUUUCCUGAAGAACACCCCUGUCGCUGUGGAAGACAAUACAACUCCUGGAAAGCACGGCGAGGCCAUUAGAGCAGUUGCUUUCAAUGAGGAGGGGACAUUGUUUGCUUCUGCCGGUGAUGACAAGCUAGUGAAAUUGUGGAUCACCGAAACAUGGAGCUGCGUUAAGACCACACGUCUUCCCAAGAAGGUCACGUCAGUAGCCUUCAGCAAGGACAGUAAAUGGGUAUUGUUCGCAGACAAAUUUGGUGCAGUUCAUUGUCUUCCUACCGAGGUGAAGGACGGGAAAGACGAACCUUUUCAGCUUCUUGCGCACUGUUGCAGCAUAAUAACGGAUUUGGAAGUGACUUCAGAUGGGAAAUAUAUCGUUACCUCUGAUCGGGACUUCAAAAUUCGUGUCAGUGUAUUCCCCCGCGAUCCUUUGAAAGGUGCCCCUGAAAUCUGGAAGUACUGUUUGGGCCACUCCAGCUUUGUGACGUGUACCGCCUUUGUAGGUAAAAGAAGUAGUGGUCAGCAGUUCCUGGUUUCUGGCAGUGGAGACUCCACGGUGCGGCUGUGGGAUUACUACAAUGGGAAAAUGCUCGAUGUAUUUUAUACUGGUGAAGUGGAGGAACUGCGCAAUGGGAAGGUUGAGGACGAUUCUUCUCGCGCUGUGAGUGGGCUGUCGGUCUCUCCAGAUGGCUCUGUGGUUGCCGUUCUUAUUGAAAGGUUCUCAGGAGUGCUUUUGUUACAUUAUGACGAUGCAACAAAAAAGCUCACGCAUCUCGAGAGUAUUUUUCUCUCUGAGCAAGUUUCUCCUACGAGUCUGGCGUUCGACGUGGAUUCUAGGCUGUGGUUAGUUGCAGGCGCGGCCGAAAGCAUUGAGCUAGGUGACCAGCUUGUCACACCAGAAGAUGCCGCUGCAGCCGAGGCUAGGGCACAAAUGGUAGCGAGGACUGCGGUAGCACAUGUUCGCCUGAUCAGGAAACACACCUCUGACUUAGGAGGAGAAGAUAAUGCUCGGGAGACCUUGGCUGCUUACAAAUUGUGUGAAGAAGAUUCGAUGCCCGGUGGCGAGUCUCUCCGUCUCGCUCUGCAGGGCAGCAGAGCGGACGCAGGAGAAGUGGCAGUGGCAGCCGAGGCAGCAGAGCAGGCCAUGAGAAAGCUCAUGUCCAAACGACAGUACACCAUUGAGCAGAGGGAGAAUAGGAAGCGUUUUCGCAACGAUAAGAAACUUGAGAAUAAAGAGGGCUAAAGUUUCG